AUGACUCUCAGUCGCCACGUAGAGAUUGACGCCACCCGCUUCCGUAAGGAACUGCUCUUCGUCUGCUGCAAGAGCGAAGACCCCACUAUCGACCAAGUACGACAGCUCCACGAAGUUCUGCUAAGCCCGACGGACAAGGUGUUGUCUCCAGUUAGCCGAGCUCUCCGAGCGCGAUCUUUUCAAGGAAACAAUCGCAAUUCCGCUGCGUGA